UCAGGCAUCAAGCCUAUUAAAGUCUAUCUAAAGUCUUAACUCAACUCAAAGAUCUAAUCAGAUCUAAUUUGUCAACCAAAAGCUUUAAUUGUUAUUAUAUAACAUUCAAUUGUUGUGUAUAAUAAAAACAACUUUAUUGUGUCUAAUUUCUUUGAAAUACAUUUUAAGUCAAAAAAUAAAUUUGGUCGUUAUUUUUUUUUAUUUGUGAACAACUUUGUGUUACCACAUUUAUUUGAGAAACAGCUGAAUUGACAUCCUUAUUUAGCAGUCAGAAAGAAGAGCUGUUAGCCUUGAAGAGUGCCCUAAAGGCUAAAAACCAAAGCAUUUCUGUUUUAGUUGAUAGAAACCCGGAAAAUCAAAUUCAGCUUGAGGUUUAUAGAAGGAGGAUAUUUGUUUUGUCAGUCAAAGAAACACAGGUUGUGAAAAAGUCAAUAAGAGAUAUUGCUGUUGGAACAGAAUUUAAUUCUGAUAUUUCAAGAUUUGCUGAAGAAACUCUUAGCGUUAGAGAACUAACACUUCUUCUAUCUAGCAGCAUACAGACGAGACGGCAAGGAUGUCUGAUGCCACGCACGAUGUUCUUAAAGAGGAAAAAGAAAAGCUUAUGCAACGUUUUGAGAAGCUUUGGCUGACUCAUGAUGACGGAUCUGAUGAAAAAAGAAAAAGCACUUUUGAUAAAUAUAGAAGUGAUCUUGAAUAUCUUUGGUUUGGACCAUUUGACAUAAACGCGAAAACAAAGCAAAAGAAGGAAAGAGAAAUUCAUGUGACCACUUUUGAUAAUGCUGAAUAUGUUCGCUAUGAGCCAUCUUGUAUGCUUUCAGUCUUGUACAAACGUUAUACCGAUUAUGAAUCAGAUGAUCGUGUGACUGCAAGACUCGAGGGCGGUCCUGAAUUCAAAGAUAACAUGACAUUUACACAAGAUAUAACUUUUCUGAUUACAAUUUUGUUAACGAAGGGAUCUGAUGUCAACAAGAUCAAAAACCAAUUAACAAAAAAAUUUUCUGAUAUUUUGACUCACCUGGUUCAGAAGUACAAAAUUUAUACUUCUGAUGAUAGGGCUAGACGUAAUCUAUACACUGUGACUCUUCCAAGAGUUGCUGCUUGUUUUCCUCAGAUUACAGUAAACUUAUUCCAUCAAGGUUUUGGAAGAGCCAUGAUGGAGAUUCCAUCUUACUUUGGGGAAUUACCUGUUCCUAAAGUAGUUCUCUCCAUGUGCUUUGCAUCAGUGAUGCCAACAAAGAAAGGUGAAACACUUCACCACCUUAUCAUUUGGAUCAACUAUCUCAAUGAUUUGGUUAUACAUCAAACUCAACCCGAAAUGUUGACACCAAUGUCAUUAUUAAUAUCGUAUCAUUUUGCUGCAUUCCAAUCAGAAGGUAUAAGAGAAAAUCUUAGAGACAAAGUCUUUGAAAAGAUGGGAUUAUUGGAAAAUGGAGACUUUAUUAAGGUCUUGAAGGAUGCAGAACUUUAUGCAAAGGACAAAUUGAUUUCUACCGCUGUAGAAAAAAACUGGGGAGCAUUAUUUCCAGUAAAAAUACCACAAAAAUAAAAAUGUUACAGAAAGAUUAGUUCUACUCAUAAAUACCAGAAUGAAUACCAGAAGCAAAUCCAGUGUGCAUAUUGAUGUACCAUCUCAACCAAAUAAUUUGAUGGACAUCAUGCUUCCUGUUAGAGUAAUUUUAAUUCUCUAAACAAAAGUUAUCUUUUGGAUAUUUCAUCCAAUUUAUCUACUUCUUCUUCAAUGAAACUAAGUGACUUUUCUAAUAUGAUUAAUUGAUUAAAAAUUUCCAGUACUUAAUUAAUACACUUAAUAACAAAAAAAAAAAUAAAAAAAAGACAUUAUGGUUGUUGAUUAUUAAAUAUUAAUUUUUGAGUUUGUUUAUUUUGUGACAAGUCUCGUAAACUUGGUAAACAAAAAAUUUUUCAAUUAUUUAAAGUAAUUAUACAUCACUUUUAAAAAUUAAACAAGAUGCUCGACAAAUACAAAAUAUACAGAAACAGAUUACACCACCAACAAGCAUUUACCGAACUUGUAACAAAAGCCAAUAUUUUUAUGUGCUAAUAAUAUUGCAAGUAUUUGGGGUAAUGCCAAUAAAAAAAAUCCAACAACAUUAGCUGGACAUUCGACGAUGUUUUGAGGGUGAUCACCUGUCAGAAUUCGCUCGGGAUAAUGUCAUUGAAGAUCAUGAUGAAAAUAUCAAUUGUUGUAUGUAUAUAAAUAAAAAGUAUUGUGUGGUCAAUGUGAAAUGUAUAAUUUAAUAAAUCUUACUUUCAGAAUUUCAUUUGAGAAUUUUCAAUUACCAGAAGAUGAUUUAAAUAUGAUAGUGAAAUUGAUGAUUAAUUUUUGUUAUUUAUAUUAACUCAAUGCAAGAGUAUUUUAUAUUUUUUUAAUUAAAAACAAAUAUUUUAUAAAUGAGGUAAUAAAAUAAAUUUCAUCU